UAAUAGAGGGGUUAGUUAUCAUAAUAUAAAUUUAAGCAGAUAAUAAUAAAUAUCGACUAACCAAUCAAAGUUACUUUUUAAUAUUAAAAUAAAUGUGAUUACUUCAUCAUCAUAUAGUGCUUCUAAAUUCAUUUACAAUUCUGGAGAUUUUAGUAGUUUAGACUGCCUAUCGAAUAUGAAACAGAAAUUAGGGUCAAUAAGCAAAGAUGCUUAUAUGCUAAAUUUUGUCUUUUAUUUCUUUCCAAAAUUACCGUAUGAUAUCAUUUUGCACAUAUACCUGUUACUAACUAUCCCACAUAUACUCAUCCUUCAAUCAAUAAGUCAUGAUGAGUAUAUUAGACUGGUAAGAAUUAAACAAAUUACAAACAAAAGAUAUUCAUUUGAUUAUCCAGAAAUUACAGAACGAACUAGUCCAGCUGAUUUAAUAUCACAAACCAAAGAAAUAAUUCAAAUUAAAGAAUCGUUUAAGAUUAUGAUUAACUUAACUAGAAAUUGGCCAAGUAAUAUUAUCCCUGUUGAAAUCGAAUUACCUAGUAGGUUUGCUAGUAAACUAUUAAAUGAGUUGUUGGGUGACUCAACUAACUUUGACUUAGCUCUUAAAUUCAGUGAAUUGGAUUACGAAGACUAUAUAAACUUACAAACAAGCAAGAAGUCCCAGUUGGUCAGCUCGAUAAUUGCAUAUGAAGUUUCAGGAGGAAGUCAAAAUUCAACACAUGGGCUUGACUUGGAUUUUUUAAAUUAUUCGAAUUUGAGGAUAUUCUCUUUAGAAGAUUAUGACAACAUCGAUACUCUAAAUUUGGAUUCAAUAUUCUAUACAUUAACUGAACUAACUGUAACUAAUAUAUUUGAGGAUGAUUUUUUAACAAAAUUUAUCAAUUUGAAAAUACUUUGGAUUAACUAUGUACAGACAUUCUAUAUCAAACACUUACCAAGAAAUAUCAUUGCAUUGACUCUACAAAAUAUUGACUAUGAAGAAUCCAGCUGCAUAAGAAUCAAUUCAAGCGCAGAAUGGCCACAAACACUAAAAUCGAUAACUUUUAACAAAAUUCAGGAGUAUUGGAAUGAAGAUGUUUGCCACUGCAAGUUACCUGAAAACUUAGAAAUACUAAAGUAUCUGUCUGCAGACGUUACCUGGCAAACUUUGCCUGAAUUACCUGAGUCCUUGAUUGAAUUACACUUCGACACUCUAUCCCAAAACGAAUUAGAUAUCGACGAUUUAUUUCAAUCUAAACUUCAAUUUAUUUCAAUCCAAGGUCUAACACUUGUACAUGAUCCAAAUAUCAGUAUUGAAGCCUUACAUGGACUUAAAGUAUUCCUGGUGUCAGUCGAAGUCUGUGAUUUUCCUUUAGAUUCCAUUUAUUUUGAAAAUGCAAAAUCUUCACUAAGAGAAUUAUCAAUUUAUUUUGAGAAGCAGUUAUUUCCUUCAACAAAUCUAAAUUUUUCUGAUUUUAACAAGUUAACCAGCAUUAGUUUGAGUGGGUGCAAAAUUGGUGAUUUGAAUAUUUUGGAAUUACCGGCAUGUUUGAUCAGUUUAGAAAUUAGUAGAGAUUAUUUUAAGUUAGUGGACAAUACUUGUUCGUUAUUUGCUAACCCACCAAGGUAUCACAACUUACUUCAUUUGAAAAUAUAUGGUAUUAAGCAUUUUUCUCCUCGAGUGCAAUUUCCAACGAAUCUAGAAACCUUGAGAAUAUCACAUUAUAGGACUAGAAGGAUUCUUUCAAAAAUUAUGAAUCUCAAAUACUUAACUUAUUUUGAAAUAAAUGAAUCAGUAGGUCCCAUGUAUAUUUUAGAUGAUUUUCGUGAAGUUGCAAGUAGAAAUACAAAUUUUAUUUCAACUCUUAAAAGUUUGGAAAUAAAUUUUGGAAAACAUUCAAGAAAAGUAGUUAUGGAUUCAUUCUGUGAUAAAUUUGAAAAUGUUUUUGGAAAGAAAAUAGUCAGCAGAGAGUAUAACUUUGGUACAUUUGUCAUGAAAUUUGAAGAAGUUGAACGGAUAUAUUUUAUUUAGUGACUUAGUUCAAUUAGUAAUGAACAACUUUUGCAGCAAACAUUUUGGUAGCGACAAUAUUUUUGGAGAUCCAAACCUUUUAUUAUUUACCUUUUUUUUAAAUAUUGCACUUGAAAAAAUACAUUGACUAUGAUAUUUGAUGAUCUAUCAUAAUUAUCAGAAUCACCCAUGGAAUAUGUUAAAUAGACUAAGUUAUAUAUGGCCCAGGAGGCAAUUUAUAUCUAUAAGUAUCCUGAAGGUACGACAUUUCCAUAUCACGUCCAUUCAAUUCCAAGAACAUGCUCCAAUUCAUCUUCGAGAUUAUCAACUCCAGGCCAUACAAUCAGUACAAGCAGCCAUUGAUGAAGGGAUAAACCGAUCCGCAGUGAUAUUG